UUUUGCGCACGCGCGCCUCAGAUCGCGCAGUAGUCACAGAUUGCGUCUUGACACCGUCUUCAAAUUGCAUGCUGGGUAAUUGUGCGUCCUCUUUCCGGCUGGCCCACCAUCGCGUUAGCUAGAUAAAACAACAUGGGGGCAUAUCGCUAUAUGCAGGAAUUGUGGCGCAAGAAGCAGUCAGAUGUGAUGCGCUUCUUGCUUCGUGUGCGCUGCUGGCAGUAUCGGCAAUUGUCAAACCUUCAUCGUGCUCCGAGACCUACCAGACCCGAUAAAGCCCGUAGGCUGGGCUACAAGGCCAAACAAGGUUACGUCAUUUACCGUAUCCGUGUGCGCCGUGGUGGUCGUAAACGCCCCGUGCCCAAAGGUGCCACUUAUGGAAAGCCAGUGCACCACGGUGUUAACCAGCUCAAGUUUGCCCGCAGUUUACAGUCCACUGCCGAGGGCCGCGCCGGCCGUCAUUGCGGCGCCCUGAGAGUGCUGAACUCUUACUGGGUGGGUGAGGACUCCACCUACAAGUUCUUUGAGGUGAUUUUGAUAGACCCCUUCCAUAAGACGACCAGGCGCAACCCAGAAACCCAAUGGAUCACAAAGGCUGUGCACAAGCAUAGAGAGAUGCGCGGCCUAACCUCUGCAGGAAAGAAGAGCCGUGGGCUGGGCAAGGGUCAUAAAUUCCACCAGACCAUUGGAGGUUCCCGCCGGGCAGCCUGGAAGAGGCGCAACACCUUGCAGCUGCACCGUUACCGUUAGAGAGCUCGUGUUUCGGAAUCUCUCAAACAAAUAAAGAACCUUCAUUUGCCAACG